AUGGACAGCGCAGCCAUGGCCGACGGCGCCAAGCCUGAUGCGGACACCGUGCAGGUGCUGCGGGACAUGGCCAACCGCCUGCGGAUCCAUUCCAUCAGGGCCACGUGUGCCUCCAGCUCCGGCCACCCCACGUCUUGCUGCAGCGCGGCCGAGAUCAUGUCCGUCCUCUUCUUCCACACGAUGAGGUACAAACAGGCCGACCCAGAACACCCCGACAACGACCGGUUCAUCCUCUCCAAGGGCCACGCGGCUCCAGUCCUCUAUGCCGCUUGGGCAGAGGUGGGCGACAUCAGCGAAUCUGACUUGCUGAACUUGAGGAAAAUUCACUGUGACUUGGAAGGACAUCCCACCCCAAGGCUGUCGUUUGUGGAUGUGGCCACCGGAUCGCUCGGGCAAGGCUUGGGUGCCGCGUGCGGAAUGGCGUACACUGGCAAGUACUUUGACAAGGCCAGCUACCGGGUGUUCUGCCUUAUGGGAGACGGCGAGUCCUCGGAAGGCUCCGUCUGGGAGGCCAUGGCCUUUGCUUCUCACUACAGUCUGGACAAUCUCGUGGCAGUCUUCGACGUGAACCGUUUGGGACAGAGUGGCCCCGCGCCCCUUGAGCACUGCACAGACGUCUAUCAAAAACGCUGUGAAGCCUUUGGGUGGAAUACUUACUUAGUGGAUGGCCAUGAUGUGGAAGCCUUGUGCCAGGCAUUUUGGCAAGCAGCUCAAGUGAAGAACAAGCCCACUGCCAUCAUUGCAAAGACCUUCAAGGGCCGGGGUAUUCCAAACGUCGAAGAUGCAGAAAAUUGGCAUGGAAAGCCAAUGCCGAAAGAAAGAGCGGAUGCCAUCAUUAGAUUAAUUGAGAGUCAGAUACAGACCAACAAGAAUCUCACACCGAAGCCUCCUGUUGAAGACUCACCUCAAAUCAGCAUCAAGAAUAUAAAAAUGACCUCUCUGCCUGAUUAUAAAAUUGGUGACAAGAUGGCUACUGAGAAAGCAUAUGGUUUGGCUUUGGCCAAACUGGGCCAUGCAAAUAAAAGGGUUAUUGUUCUGGAUGGUGACACAAAGAACUCCACCUUUUCUGAGUUGUUCAAGAAAGAACACCCUGAGCGUUUUAUUGAGUGUUUUAUCGCUGAACAAAACAUGGUAAGUGUGGCACUGGGCUGUGCCACACGUGCUCGAACCAUUGCUUUUGUUAGUACCUUCGCUUCCUUUUUCACCCGAGCAUUUGAUCAGAUUCGAAUGGGAGCCAUAUCUCAAACCAAUAUCAAUCUUAUUGGUUUCCACUGCGGGGUAUCCAUUGGGGAAGAUGAACCUUCUCAGAUGGCCCUGGAGGAUCUAGCCAUGUUCCGAAGUAUUCCCAAUUGCACCGUUUUCUAUCCAAGUGAUGCUACCUCAACAGAGCAUGCUGUUUAUCUGGCUGCCAAUUCCAAAGGGAUGUGCUUCAUUCGGACCAGCCCAUCAGAAACUGCAGUUAUUUAUACCCCACAAGAAAAUUUUGAGAUUGGACAGGCCAAGAUCAUCCGCCACAGUGUCAAUGACAAAGUCACAGUAAUUGGAGCUGGAGUUACUCUGCAUGAAGCCUUAGCAGCUGCUGACCAUCUUUCCGAACAAGACAUUUUUAUCCGCGUCAUUGACCCAUUUACCAUUAAACCCCUGGAUGCUGCCACCAUCAUCUCCAAUGCAAAAGCUACAGGUGGUCGGGUUAUCACAGUGGAGGAUCACUACCAAGAAGGUGGCAUUGGAGAAGCUGUAUGUGCAGCUGUCUCUGGGGAGCCUGACAUCCUUGUCCAUCAGCUGGCAGUGUCGGGAGUCCCUCAAAGUGGGAAACCUAGCGAGUUGCUGGAUAUGUUUGGAAUCAGUGCCAGACACAUCAUAGCGGCUGUGAAAUAUACUUUAAUGGAUUAAGAAAGCUGUGUUCUUCAAAAGUCAGUCUGUUGA